AUGAACAGACGACAAAAGAAGACACAAGUGUUUCAGUUUCUUUGGAUCAACCAAGUGGAUGCCAAUGUUCUGGAUAUAAAUGCAAGUGUUGUGUCACGUUUAAUUUUUCCUGAUAAAUUGGGUCUAAAAAUCUUGUUAAUACGUGUUUUGCAGGCCUUAUUAUUAAUUCGAAUGAUUAAUGAUGCGUCAUCCAAACCUUUCGAACGUCUUUUUCGAACGUUUUCGAGAAAAUCUAAAGAAUUUCAAAAGAAAGACACUCUCAUAACAAUGUCGUCUGUGGCAGGAUCAAAGCGUCGAAUUGACAAUAAGUCGUACAAAAUCAAGUACAAAGCUCUUAAAGCGUUGGAAAAGGGUACUGCGCCAAAGGAUGUGGCAAAAGAGUUCAAAAUUCCUCCAAGCACCCUGUCAACUUGGAAAAAAAAUAAAGAAAAGAUUUACAAGCAGUUUAACAACGGGCAAACAUCGAAGAGAUCAAAGCCAGAAAAAUUCGAAGAUGUGAACAAAGCUGUUCAUAAAUGGUUACUUAUGAUGAGGAGUGAGAAUAUCCCAAUCAGUGGCCCGAUGCUGAAAGAGAAAGCUCUUGAGUUUGCCGAAGCGUUGGGUGUCGAGUCAUUUCAAGCUUCUCAGGGGUGGAUGGCUAAAUGGAAAACCAGUCACAACUACAGAGAUCAAUGCCUUCCCAAUAAACCUUUGCAUAUGAAAGGUGAUAAGUGUUCUGGAGGAAAACACAGCAAAGUUAGACUUACUGGUUUAGCUGCUGGUAAUGCCUUGGGGAAACGAUUGCCAAUGUUUGUAAUCGGCAAGUCCGCCAACCCUCGUUGCUUUAAAGGUGUCAAAACACUACCCUGUCGAUACCGUUCGCAAAAGAAGAGUUGGAUGUCUGGAGAGCUGUUCGAAGAGUGGGUACGCGAGCUUGAUCGAAAAUUCUCUGUCUCUAAGCGAAAAAUUGCUUUGAUUAUUGACAAUUGUACCGCACAUCCUCAUGUUGAAAACCUGGAAUGGGUAGAAUUGAUCUUUCUUCCUCCAAAUACCACGUCCCAAACCCAACCUAUGGACCAAGGAAUUAUCCGCGCCCUGAAAGCAAAAUAUCGAUCGCUAGCAGUGCGGAAAUUGAUAAAAGCCUUGGACGAGGAAAAAUCGACUCCGAAGUUCUCGAUUCUUGCAGCUAUGUACAUGCUAAGGAAAGCAUGGGAUGAUGUUUCCAACAAAACAUUCACCAAUUGCUUUCGAAAAUCAGGAAUUUCCCAAAAGGAUGCAGAAAGAGCGAUCAACGAAGAUGACGACCCUUUUAAAAGUUUAACCAGCGAAGUAGAAGAAGACCCAAUUCCAACCCUCGAUGCUGAACUCUCUUACAUAAAACGAAGGUUUCCUGACCACAUUGAUCCUGACUUAUCAACUGAAGAUUUCAUUGAUUUUGACAUUGAAGUCAGUACAUCCCAUGGGCGUCUGAAGACUGCUGACAUCAUUGCUGAGAUCACUGGGACUCAAUACGAAGAAUUAGAAGAGGUCGACGAAGAAGACAAGGAGGAAGAAGAUAAGAUCACAAGACCGACGGCCGAGCAAGUGCGUACAGCUAUCAACGUCCUCGAAGACUUGAGUAUUUUUUCACAUUUUGGAGAAGAAAUGAUAGCUUCUCUGAGGGACUUGAAUCGUAAUAUCGCCAAAGAUUUUGAUAUGAGUUCUUUAACGAGAAUGAAUAAUAACACAACAUUCUACGACGUGGUAAAGAGUUUUCUAGUUUGCGUGGUUGCAGAGUAUUUACCAGAAGAAAUUGUGAGUUUUUAUUAUUCACAAUUAAAAACAUUUAGAGAUGUCAAACGGCAUCAAAUUUUAUCUGGAAUGGAACGGCCAGUCUUUGAUUCAUAA